AACUGUCUUUCUCUUCUCCCUGCCUGUCUCUUCUUCUUAUUCCUUCCUGUCUUGCUGCUUGGCCAUGACCCCAGUGGACACCUUGAUCUCCUUGCCCACCUAGAGAAGAGGAUAGAAAUUCUGUAGCGGAGGAGAGAGAGACGAGAAGAGGGGACACCGAACACUUUGCCUCACUGAUGAGAAUCUGGAAAUUAAUUAACCGCCGUCAGCAGAGAAGGACUCAGAGUGAGGAACAGGACGAGAAUAAGAGGGAGUUGAAGAGGGCGAAUUGCUAGAUGUGUGAAAAGCCAGCUGUGGAGAGAAGCAGAGUAACCCCUAGACACUUUAAGAGACAAAAGGGACAAGUUAGGGCAGAGGCAAAAGAAGCGGGGGAGAAAUUGGGCAAAGCAGCUAUUCAACAGGGAUACUAAUUUAAGAAGCCAAAGAAUGGUCCUCUCACAUGCGUUAUUCAUCCUUUCAUGCUUCAUUUCAACCCUCUUCUCACAUUUGUAUCAUCCUUCUCUCUCAUCUUGUUUAGUUCAUUUCUUUUUCAGUAAAAGCACAUCGACAGCUGCAACCACAUGCUGAACACUCAGCUACGAUUUAGACCAGAGCUUAGCAUUUCAUUGUCAGUGGAUGUGUGAUCUGUUACUGAGUGAAAGAAGUUGAUUGGCUGAAGCAGGGGUGCCAUUACCUCCUGGCCAAAAGCACCUGCUCAGGAAUUUCUCAUGAGACCAGGUAGGACGUUUCUGGUUCAUUUUGCCAACCCGAAGCAGCUGGAGAGGUCGAGUCAAAACCCUCUAGUCGUUUACCUGAUUAAACCGUUACAAGAUGAAACAGCAAACCAGCUUAUCUCUCAGAGCAUGACACCUGUGUUUGAGAGAUUACAGAGAGGGACACAGGGAUGUGCAGAUGUGUAUGUGUGUGUUGGGAUUACUUCCUAAAUACUCAGAAUUACACAGGUGUUGUGGCAGGAUUAUGUAGAGUCUCCUACUGAAUAUAGUGGCACUAUAGGAUUAAAGAGAAGAACUCUAGUCAAGUGAAUGGAAGGGCAUUAUCUUUCACAGAUUAAUGCAAAACAAGUGUGAUCACACCUGGGGUAUAAUUAAAUCAGCCAUUCCAGGGUUUGGUAGGGGUUGUAAUUAUUAUUUUGAGCUAAACUGGGGAUAGGUUAAAAUAUUGCUCAAAUCCAUCUCUCGGCCCUUAGUGGAAUAACUUCUGGUCCCUCAUUGUAGACUUUGCUCCGACCUGAAAUACACAGAGUGACUAUCAAAGACUCUUAAAAGCUCAUUCAACUUGCAUAAUGAGACGCUCAAGCACAGACGAGACUCCAUACCGGCGUAGUCCCUCUCUGGACAGCAAACCUGACACACCGCCGUUCACUUCUGGGUUUCACCGCUUCAGUGGGGAAUUUGAGUAUAAGCGGCCACCGUUUGCGUUUGGCUUCCACACAACAAAGGGGCCACAGACGUCCAAGGGGCGCUAUUCCCAGGGGAAGAAGUAUGUGGUGUUUUACCUGGACCUCUCCUUCAUAUUCCUCCUAGAACUGCGGCGCUGCAGGAUGGCUGAGGGUUGCAUGAUGGCCCUGCGAUAUGGAAUGGUCUUCUUCAACCUCCUGUUCUGGUUGGGAGGAUGUGGUAUACUGGGGGUUGGAGUUUGGCUCUCUGUGACCCAAGGAAACUUUGCUACCCUGUCAUCAUCCCUUCCCUCGCUGUCAGCAGCCAACCUGCUCAUUGCGGUGGGGACCAUCAUCAUGGUGAUCGGCUGUCUGGGCUGUGUGGGAGCUGUCAAAGAGAGCCGUCCUCUGCUGCUGACGUUCUUCAUCCUCCUCCUGCUCAUCUUUUUCCUAGAGAUUCUGUCCAUCAUGCUUUUCUUCAUCUAUCAAGACGAGAUUGAUCACUACGCCCAGAGGGAUCUGAAGAAGGGCCUCCAGCUCUUCGGCGCAGAGGGCAAUGUGGGUUUGACCAACGCCUGGAUGAUAGUACAAACUGAUUUUCGCUGCUGUGGAGUAACUAACCACACAGACUGGUUUGAAGUUUACAAUGCCACCCGUGUGCCGGACUCCUGCUGCCUGGAGUACAGCGACAACUGUGGCCUGGACAACCCAGGGACAUGGUGGACAGCGCCGUGCUACGAGCGGGUAAAGGACUGGCUUAAUGAGAACCUGGUGGCACUUUGGAUCUUUGCUCUAUGCACAGCACUUACUCAGAUCUUGGGCCUGGUCUUCUCCAUGACGAUGUUCUGCCAGUCAGUGAAAGUAGAGACCUUCUACGCCUAGCAAUCGACCUCUCUGCCCUUCAGCACACUUGGAUUGUUUCUCAUCAGAGAGGGACAGAUAUAGACCUACCCCCUUACUCCUCCCUCUCCUCCUCCUCCUCCUCCCCCCCCCAACAGACUCUUAUUUCCAGCGCUUGUCCUCCGUGACAUUCCCUCUCAGAUGUCACCAGUUCACAGUUUUUCUGCUAACUAUCAACAAGCACAGUGUCAGUGUAAUACCUGAGUUGUUUCCUAUGGUUUGCUCUGUGUCAAAAGCUAAUUUCUGUGAUACAUUUUAUGAAUCAGUAUUAUGAACGUGUAUAAAAAAAUGUAACCCCUUUUUUAAUAUGUGUUUUGUUUUAAAUUAUUUUAUGGUUUGUAUGUGUUUAAAAAAUGAGAGCUACAGUUGGGAAAGUGCAGUGUGAAGUGCUGCAAGUGCAUGUCUCCUGCGAUGGUGUGUAUUAAAUGUUGUGGCUCGACUAAACAGCA